AUGGGUCCAAUAACUGCAGUCCUUUGCCUGGUUGCUUUGAUACACCAAGCUGAAGCACAGGUGUAUCAGAGUAAACAAGUGGACACACCCCUCUUUCCACCUUUUCCCGUUAAAUACCCAAUACAGAAGCCAGUAAAGAAACCAAUACAGAAACCGAUAUACAAACCAGUACAAAAACCGAUACACAAGCAGAUACCAAUACAGAAACCAGUACAGCUACCACCAAUAAAGAAACCAGUACAGGUACCAGCAAUAAAGAAACCAGUAUACGUACCACCAGUAAAGAAACCAGUAUACGUACCACCAGUAAAGAAACCAGUAUACGUACCACCAGUAAAGAAACCAGCCCGGCUACCACCAAUAAAGAAACCUCAGCAACCUCAGCAACCUCAGCAACCAGCACAACAGAAAUACAAUGGUUUUCAGAUGCAAAGCAAACAACAGAUGCUUCAGCAACAAAAUAUUAUUCAGCUGAAAAAUAAGCAAGUCAUCCUUAAAGAACACAAUCAAAUAAGAAGAUCUGUAGUUCCAACAGCCAGGAACAUGCUGAAGAUGGUUUGGAAUGAGAGAGCUGCUAAAAAUGCUCAGAAAUGGGCAAAGAAGUGUGAAAUGGAAAUCAGUCCAACAGAUCAGAGAGUUAUUGACGGCAUCACCUGCGGUGAGAAUAUAUUGCUCUCAUCUCAACCAAAAACAUGGGCUGAAACAAUCCAAGUCUGGAACAGUCAGGGCUCCAAUUUCAAGUAUGGUUUUGGAGCAACUACAAAGAAUGCCAAUGUCAAGAGCUAUGCUCAGCUAGUGUGGUAUAACAGCUACCAGGUUGGAUGUGCAGUUGCCUACUGUCCUAGAAACCAGUACAACUACUUUUAUGUUUGCCAUUACUGUCCUCCAGGAAAUAAUAUAAUGCAAGUGGCUGCACCUUACAAAAGUGGACCAAGAUGUGCAGAUUGUCCCGGCCACUGCGACAAUGGGCUUUGCACCAAUCCUUGCAGGCAUCGAGAUGCGUUUCCAAACUGCAAAAAUAUGAGAACCUUGUUUGGCUGCCGCCAUCCGGUGGUGAGAGAGAAGUGUGCUGCUACCUGUAAAUGCACCACUCAAAUCGUCUAAUAUCCUGGUGGAUGUCAUUGUAGCUGCUUUGGGACUUACUUAUUGGGAAAAAAAAAAAAAGUAGAACUAACCACGAAGCACAUUCAUGCUCAGUGUAUCAGCUCAGAUUGACUUGUAUGUAAACUUUUUUUUUUUUUUUUUUAUGAAAUCGCACAAUUAUUUCAGUCCCAAAUUAGUCUAGAAGCUCAGAUAACCUCUGAUGUUAUUUUAGGCUUUAUAGAAAUCAUGA